GCCGCCCCCCCGCCGCCUGCCCAGCCCGCGCCUUCCCCGGGGCCGCGGCGGUGCCGCGCCGCCUCCAUCGCCGCCUAUUUCGGGCAGAGGCGGCGGGGCCGCUCGGCGGGCGGCGGCUCCGGUUUGAGGUUUGGAUUUGCUUUGGAAGUCACAGAGCAGUUGCUGCCUCGUUCUACCUACAUGCAACUUUUAAUAUAGUAGUAUUAUUACAAAUAGGGAAAAAAAGGAGACAAGUAUCUCCAUACCUAGCAGGAAACAGGAGACUUUGCUCUGAAAUAACUGAUAAACAAGUGUGAAGCAUGAGGAUCAACUCUGCUGUUCAGGCUGCUAUUGACCUCACAGCAGGUGCUGCAGGUGGAACUGCCUGUGUGGCGACUGGCCAGCCCUUUGACACUGCAAAGGUGAAGAUGCAGACGUUCCCCAGCAUGUACAAAGGACUUGUUGACUGUUUUGUCAAAACCUAUAAGCAAGUGGGAUUUCGAGGCUUCUAUAAGGGAACCACACCAGCGCUUGUAGCCAACAUUGCAGAGAACUCUGUUCUGUUCAUGUGCUAUGGAUUUUGCCAACAAAUUGUGAGAAGAAUUGUUGGAGUGGACAGGAAAACAAAGCUCAGUGAUCUACAGAAUGCUGCUGCAGGCUCCUUUGCCUCUGCCUUUGCCACCCUUGUUCUCUGUCCCACAGAGCUGGUGAAGUGCCGGCUGCAGGCUAUGCAUGAAAUGCAGUUGUCAGGAAAGAUAAUCCAGGGACACAAUACAGUUUGGUCAGUAGUGAAGGGUGUUAUCCAAAAGGAUGGUCCCCUUGGAUUUUAUCGUGGCCUGUCCAGCACUUUGCUGCGGGAAGUCCCAGGCUACUUCUUCUUCUUUGGAGGGUAUGAACUGAGCCGGACAUUCUUUGCCUCUGGGAGACCAAAAGAUGAAUUAGGUCCCAUUCCUUUGUUACUGAGCGGAGGUUUCGGAGGCAGCUGUCUGUGGAUUGCUGUGUAUCCUGUGGACUGUGUCAAAUCUAGAAUUCAGGUUCUUUCAAUGGCUGGAAAACAGGCAGGCUUUAUGGGAACAUUUUUAACUGUUGUGAGAACGGAAGGUGUGCUUGCCUUGUAUUCUGGACUAACACCAACUAUGAUUCGUGCAUUUGUGGCCAAUGGGGCACUGUUCCUUGCCUACGAGUACAGCCGGAAACUUAUGAUGAAACAAAUAGAUUCUUACUGAUACCAUCUAGCAGACCAAGAACAAGAGAUUGUUUAAGGAUCUUUUAAAUAAAUGAUGAAAAACACAUAGAUCA